GUCGGGGCUGCCCCGUCCCGCCCCUGCCGCUGAUUCCGGCUCCGGGUGAGCGCGGAGCCAUGACGGGCCGCGGGUCUCCCAGCCGGUUCCUGACCGCCGUGCUGCACAACGGCGUGGGCCGGUACGUGCGGCAGCUCCAGCGCCUGCAGCUCCUCUUCAGUCCCACCGCCGCCGACGCCCGCGGCGCCAGGCAGUUCGUGGAGGAGGCGGCACAGGACUUCGCCCGGCAGCACCCCGAUGUCGUCCUCUACGUGAGCCCCCACUCGGGCCCGGGCCCGGCCCCUGUGCUGCGGGCCGAGUACUUGAACGGGACGGUGCGGGACGAGCUCAUUGCCAGCAAGACGAGUGAGGAGAUCGUGCAGCUGGCCACCAAGCUGGCCAACCAGUCCGGCCUGGACAUCAUCCGCAUCCGCAAGCCCUUCCACACUGACAACCCCAGCGUCCAGGGCCAGUGGCACCCCCUCACCAACAAACCCUCCAUCCUCACCGUCCAGGGCCCGCGCCUGCAGCCCGAAUAAAGCCUCCUCCACCCCCA